CAGCCAGCCAUGGGCCAGGCCAGGUGUGAGCAGCGCCAAAGAUAACAGCAGCCACAUCAUUGUCCCUGUCAGUCAAUUAGAAAUCAAGGAUGUUAUCUGGUUGCGACAGUGUGGAAGUGAAUCAUUCAUCCGCUACAGCUACAGCACACCUGAGGAGAGGUGGAGCUGAACAACACCACACCCUUCCUCUCCACCUCCACCUCAGAGCGGCUUCAGCUACAGACCACAGAGCAGCGGAGGAGCUUCAGGAGCGGUGAGAGAGAGAGAGAGGAGGUCAGAGUCUGAGGCCUGAGGUUCUUCAGAGUCAUGGGGAUCCUGUACUCAGAGCCCAUUUGCUCUGCAGCGUACAACGAUGACUUCAAUCAAGUUUAUCAGCUGCUUGCAGAGAACGCCUUGAGUCUGAAUGUUCAAGAUAAAGUUUUUGGAGACACAGCAAUCAUAGCUGCCUGUAGAAGUGGAAGCAUCAGGGUGGCCAAAUUCCUGUUGAGCAAAAAUGCAGAUGUAUCCAUAAGAAACAAGAAAGAAAGGACCUGCUUGCACUAUAUUGCAAAAAAGAGGUUCUCCUUCUUGGAUUACCUGAUGAUCAUUAUUCUCAUGCCCAUCCUGUUGAUUGGAUAUUUCGUAAUGAUGGAGAAGCAGAAGAAACACGUCAGUCUGAUGAGGCUGAUCUUAAGCAGUGGAGUAGAAGUUGAUGCUGUAGAUAACAAAGGCAACACUGCACUUCAUUAUGCCUGCCUAAGUAAAAGUCAUAAAAUUAUUCCUCUAUUACUGGAGAAAAAUGCAGAUAUCUCAAUCAAAAACAAAGCGGGUGAAACGCCACUGGAUAUUGCAGAGAGAUUAGAUUUCAGUAAGGUCAUUGUAAUGUUGAAGAAAUCAAAGUAAGAGCAUUGCUCAUUGUAAAGCUCUUCUCGGUACACCAGUAUCCUGUCAGUAUGAUAUGAUCAAACUUGAUGUACAGUGUCAGUCAGUCACAAGUUUGGACAUGCCUUCUCAUUCAAUGUUUUUCUUUUUUCUGCCCAACAUUGUAAAUGAAUAAGGAUGUCCUCUAGACUAUGACGAAACACACAAGGAAUCACGCAGAUACUUAAAAAUGUUACACAAACCAAAAUACUCUAGGUGCUCUUAUCUGGGUUGCUGUUAACUUGCAGUUUCUGAGGCUGGUACCUCUGAUGAACUUAUCCUGUGUAACAGAGAACUUCUGGUCUUUCUUUUCUUUGGCAAUCCUGAUGAGACCCCGUUCCAUCAUAACGUUUUGCAACUUCUUUUUUUGGGGGGGUGAUUUCCUGACCUUUAUUUCUUAAAGUAUUUUUUCUUUACUUAGUUGAGCAGUGACUGCCAUAAUAUGGAUUAAACACUUUACUCAAAUAGGACUAUUCACUGUAUACCAACUCUACCUCUUCACAACUUUACAACUGAUGCUCUCAAACACAUUAAGAGACAAGAAAUUCAAAUUAUCAACUCUGUUUAACUGAAAGCCAUUCCAGGUAAUUAACUCAUAAAGCUGACUUAGAAAAUGCCAAGAGGUGCUACUUUGAAGAAUCUAAAAUAUAAAACAUAAUCUGGUUUCUUUAAUGUUUUGUUUUAAAUAAAUAAUUUUCAUAGUUUGGAUUCCAUUAGUAUUAAUCUACAAUGUAAAAAAUGUUUAAAUAUUGAAAAAACACUAAAUUUAGGGUUUGUCCAAAUUUUUGACUGGUACUAUACAACAUUAGUGCUAAAAGCUUACAGUCCCUGUGCCUUAAAUAGUGUUUAAUGUAAUAAUAAUAAUAAAAUGGUAUGAUAAAUAAUGUAAUACAGUAAAUGUAUGGCUUGCCGUGUUUCUAUGAUCUCAAGAUUACUAAAAAUGUUCUUUAGAAAAACAAUACAGAUGGACAUACUUAACGGUGCUAUGCUGAAUUGUAAAAAAGGCAGAGCAAGUUCCGCAAGUUUGCACUUAAAGAAUGCUUGUAACUUUUUAAUUUAACUCUUUUGUAAAGCUGUUUGUGUUGGAAUGUACAUGAUCUAUCAGAGCAUAUUUAAAUGUUUGCUUAUUAUUACUGUUAUUUUUUAUACAUGCAUCACUUGUUUAGUAACACCUGUUUAACCCUUCUAUUAUCUUUGGGGUCAAUUUGACCCCAUUCAGUGUUUAAAGUCUCUGAAAAAAGGUGGACAUUAGUUUUGUGAUUCCUAUUUAUGGCCUUCUCUUAAUUUAAUUAAGACAAUUAAAACAUAAACAUAAAAAGACAAGUUAAGAAAUAAAAUGUUCAAUGUC